AUGGCUACCAAAACGUCACUCGCCCCGAUCGCAAAGGCAGGCCUCAGCGAACGGGAGCUCCUAAUGGUAGCUGCUGCAUUUUCCAGUCUAAAGAAUGGUGAUAUUGCGAUCGAUUGGGACAAAUUCACGCUUCUGGCAGGUUAUGGCAGCACCAAUUCGGCCCGAGUCUGUUUCCGUCCCUUGCAAAAGAAACUCAAGGCAUUCGUGGGCAGCAGUGAGCUCGGCGAAGCUCUUACCAGCUCAAAGGCAUCAACAGCUAAAGUUGAUGAGAAAAAGCCUGCCGCGCCUAGUGCUCCGACCAGAGGCCGGCCGAAGAAAAGAAAGCUGGAGGAUCAGGAGGGCAAUGGGUGCAAACUACCCAGUCUCACUGUGAAGCAAGAAGCUUCGGACGACCAGGGCAAAGAAGAGCUUCCGCACGGGGCAGCAGCGACGACUCCUCCAAAGACACCAGGGCAACAGUGCCAGAGAAUUAAGUUGGAGGAAAUGCUACACGAUCGGGCGGCAGAGCUGGGUGGACAGGUAGCCGCCCCAGAGCAGCCACUCGCUAGGCUAGGCAACCUCGCAAGCAUGGACGUGCUCCCUGCUGUCGGAGGAUUCCAGGCCGCCGAAGGCUCUCGGGAUUACCAAGAGUUCUUCUGUUCAUGUGACGAGGAGAAAGACCUUGACUUUGGCGAGUACGUCCACAAAAGUGAUCAAGGUGAACGAUGUGUGAGUCUUAUGGCAGUUAACAAUACUUUUAGGGUUUAA